UUACGCCUCUACACCAGUUAUCAAUUAUUUGUUCGGCAGUAGUCUACAAUAUACACUUCAUUCGCCUGUGUAGUUAUAAUAUAUAAUAUUAAUUAUUAUAUAUACUAAACCGUUUUAAAUACAAACAAACUUAACCACACUUGACAAAAAAAUGAACACUAACACUGCGUCACUGUUUGUGCUAGUCGCCUGUUGUCUUGUCACUAUGUCCGCCACCGCCCCGUCCGGUUUGAUACCUGUACCCUUAGCUUCAGCACCUAUCGUAACCGCCCCUAUCCAACCUGCAGUGGUCACCGCUUACAGUUCGCAGUACGUCGCCAGAAAUUACAACGGAAUUGCCGUUUCACCUGCUGUUGUUCCUCCCGCGGCCAUCGUUACCUAUCCUGCCGCAGCUCCAGCACCCGUCUACUCACCCACUGGACUCGCCUACCCAGGGCCACUGGUUCAAGACUAUCUUUUCUAAAGAUAACUCUCGAUUUUAACAAAUAUAUUGUAAAUAAUAAUUAAUAAUGCAUAAAAUAAAUAAUGUCCCGCAAA